AAUACAAUUUAAGAUCAAUAUAUGGCCUUACACGAUGUCAGGCGAGACUGUGGGUUUUGUUACGCCCACUAAAGAAUAAUAAAGAUUUAGAUAAGUAAAAAUAUUUCAUCUAUAAAUAAAAAAAUAAAUACACUUAAAUUGCUCGGGUUCUUUUCCAUGACGUUAAAGCUUUGCACAUUGUGCCCUCUUGUGGCAGGGAAAACAUUUGCGUACUUCCGCCCCUGUUACGCCAAAUCCGGUUGUGCAGCAGCCAUUUUGUCUGUUCGGGCAUUUCUCCCCAGUCGGUUGCGAACUGCAGUUCCACCUUCGCAAACAAUUUGAAAUGCGGUUGUAGCGGCUCUAUUUCGCAUUAGCAACGAUCCGAGCGACGUACAAAAAUUUCCGUCCGACUUCGGGAAGCUGAGGAGGGCCCUCCUCUUCCAGAAAAAUCCACAGUUAAGCGUGAGAAGCGCUGCUCGGCUCGGCUCGGACAUGUCGUGUGAGGAAAGCUACUUGGCCAUCAUACGCUACCUGACCGACGAGCGGGAGCCGUACGCGCCGGGGACGCCCGGGAACACCAAGAGGAAGAUCCGCAAGGCGGCCGCCUGCUACGUGGUGCGGAACGGGACCCUAUUUUAUCAGCGCAGGUUGAAGGGCCAGAAUGACUUCACGGAGCUGGAGGUGGUGCUGCAGGACGAGCGCAGGAAGGAACUUAUCAACGAGGCGCACAUUAUGGUGGGCGGAGAGCACCUGAACCAGCAGCUCACCUGGGAAGUCAUCUCCCAGAAGUACUGGUGGAGAGGGAUCCUGAAGCACGUCAAAGACCACAUCAGGGAGUGUGCUCACUGUCAGAGCAGGCGGGGCACCGAUGACGGCUCGGGGCAGCGAUCGUUCUCCCGACCGGGCAGACGCAGGACUGCUGCCAACUCCAACGAAGAAGAGGAGGAGGAGGAGGAAGAAGAGGGAGAUGAAAAUGUAUUCUUCACAGAUUCUUCUCAGCAACAGAGGUCCAAGAUGGCGAAGGGGACGCCGAAGCAUGAGCUGGUGUUUGUUGACAGUAAAGGCGUGGUCAAUCAGUUUCUGUCCAAACACAGCCAGACCAUGUUGGACAAACUCAACGAGCAGCGUCUCAGCAAUCAGUUCUGUGACAUCACGCUGCUGAUCGAAGGCGAGGAGUACCGUGCGCACAAAGCUGUGCUGGCAGCGUGCAGCGAGUACUUCAAUGAGCUCUUCUUUGAGAAAGGCGCUGCGUCCACGCACGAAGCUGUUGUCGACCUCUCUGGGUUCACCAAAGCCAGUUUCCUCCCGCUGCUGGACUUUGCUUACACAUCCACGCUUACGUUUAACUUCUGCAUCAUGGCGGACAUCGCAAACCUCGCCCGACACCUGCUGAUGACCGAGGUGCUGCAGAUGUGUGAGUCGGUACAUAAGCAGGUGGAAGAACAGAAGCUGACGGUGUAUCAGAGGGGAGACGUUCACACGGUGUUGUCGAGCGAGCCGGCCACUCAGGAAGAGGCGAAGAAUGACUCUGAAACCUACAUGGUGACCAUAGAGAGUGACGGACAGGCAUUAGUCACGCACAGCGGCGUCACCGUGUCAGGCGAGACAUUGGCUUUUGUUACACCCUCUAAAGACGGCUGCAUCCAGCAACCGAUGGCGGUUAUUACGCAGACAGUAGAAGGAGAGGAAGUACACGAAGGGGAGGCUGGACAGAGCGAGACUGUGGCCCUGAUUGCACACGCCGGGCAGGUGGAACCGGGUGAGACCGUCACUCUUAUUUCAGGGGGUGCUGAAGGUUUGGAGGGGGAGACGAUGACUGUGGUCACCCACAGUGGGCAGGCCGGGGCCAGCGAAUCCCUCGCCGUGGUGUCCGCAUGUUUGGCGAUGGAAGAGCCACAAGUCGCCGAGGCAGAAGCAUUUGUCAUAAACGUGGAACCGAACAAAGAGAGCCCCCUGGAGGUCACCCAGCUGGCACCUGCAGCGGUGACGUCCACUCAGGAGGCCACUACAGAGCAGCAGAGGGUCGAACCAGCACCACUGCCACAGAAACGCAAACGAGGACGUCCAGCAAAGGUGAGGAAGGAGGUGGAGAUAGAGGAGUUCCUGCCGCUGGAAGACGAGGAACCCUCUGCAGAUGAAAGUCACUCAGACAAGCAGGAGUUCACAUCAGAUGACCCCAACAGGAGGCGACUCCGGCAGCGCUCCAUCGCAGAGGGCGGUUACGCUCGUCUGCAUAUGGGGCUGGAGGAGGAGGAGGAGGCGGCGAAGAAAGGUUCAGCCUCACCGCGUGCUGCCACCCCGAAGGUUGGGUCGAGGCCCGGGAAGAGAGGCAGGCCGCCCAAGCAGCCUGUGGAAAGUCAGGUGGAAGCACUGCCUGAGUCUGCAGCGGAUCCAGCGGUCAGUGCUACGGAGAGCGUUAUGACCGAGGAAGUUGCUACUGAGGAGGCCGGGGCUCCGAAGGUUUCGGAGCCAGAGACCACAGCCAGUCAGGAGAAAACUCAGGCAGAGAGCACCGUAGACGGCGAGCACACGUGCUCCGAGUGCGGCAUGUCCUUUCAGAGACGUUACUCCCUCAUCAUGCACACGUUAAAGCACGAGAAAGCUCGAGGGUACAAGUGCAGCCUGUGCAGUAAGGAGUUCCAGUACGCCGCCUCUCUCCGUGCCCACCUGGCCCGACACAAGCAGCAGAGCAGCCAGCGAGCCCCUGUCGCCAAACCCUCAGUGGAGCAGGGCUCCGAGGGGAGAGCGGACAGCGAGAUGGAUGAGAAAACAUCGUCAUCGUCCUCGCUCACCAAAAGAGAAUUUGUGUGUGACAUUUGCGGGAAAACCUUACCGAAGCUCUACUCCCUGCGGAUCCACAUGCUGAAUCACACUGGUGUGCGGCCUCAUUCCUGCAAGGUCUGCGGGAAGACGUUCGCCCACAAACACAGCCUGAAGAUGCACCGAGCGCUGCACGACGUCACCAAACAGUUCCAGUGCGAAUUCUGCAAGAAGUCGUUUGUGAGCAAGCGGAGCAUGGAGGAGCACACCAGCCUCCACACAGGUGAAUCGAAGUACCUCUGCAACACGUGUGGAGCCACCUUCCACCGAGCCUCCGCUCUCAGCAAACACCUGAAGAAGCACCAACCCAAACCCGACGUCCGGCCGUUCGCCUGUGCACAUUGCGAUAAGAGGUUCUACGAAGCCAAAGAUCUGCAGCAGCACAUGAACAAGCACAUGGGCCUGAAGCCUUUCCAGUGCCAGGUGUGCGGGAAAUGUUACAGCUGGAAGAAGGACUGGUACUCCCACGUCAAGUCCCACAGCGUCGCCGAGCCUUUUAAAUGUAACGUCUGUGGAAAGGAGUUCUUUGAGAAGGCUCUGUUCAGGAGGCACGUGAAGAAAGCCACGCACGGGAAGAAGGGCCGAGUGAAGCAGAAUUUGGAGAGAGAGUGCGAGCACUGUGGCAGGAAGUUCACGCAGCUCCGGGAGUACCGACGCCACAUCAACAACCACCAGGGAGUGAAGCCUUUCGAAUGUCUGACUUGCGGUGUCGCCUGGGCUGAUGCACGCUCUCUCAAGCGCCAUGUCCGCACUCACACAGGAGAGCGGCCAUACGUGUGCCCCAUGUGCCAGGAGGCCCACAUCGACGCACGCACUCUACGCAAGCACAUGGCCAAGUACCACGUGGACAGCCUGCCUGGGAAGAUCAUGCUGGAGAAGGACACCCUCCAGUUUCACAACCAGGGCACACAGGUGGAGCACGCAGUCAGCAUCCUGGCGUCCGACCUGCCCCCCGAGCUACGGCCUGCGCAGCAGCCGGCCUCGGAGGAGAUCGAGACCGUGCUGAUCACGGAGGAGACGGUGGAGGCCGUGGAGGCUGUUCAGGCUGUGCAGGCGGUGAGCGACGGCUCGGUGGCGACGCUCUCGGAUCAGGGCAUCAUGCAGGUCGUGAACUACGUCUUGGCCCAGCAGGCGCUGACGGGGGGGAAGCUCGAGGAAACCCCUGAGGUGAUUCAGACGAUGGAGGUGGAGGUGGCUCACGUCGCCGAGGUAGAGUAGCUGUGGGCCGGAGGACGGGGAGUCCCCACACAGACUGAACACGUUGCUUCACAGUCUGUAUAAAAUGUAAAAAAAAAACCAUUCAGAUCCUAUUUUUCUGAACUUGUAAAUAGUGUAAUGAUCUCAGACUCGAGGUUUUCACUGUGUGCAUUGUCUGUAAAUAGCUAAGCAAACAGUAAGUGGAUACAUUUCAGACAUGAACUGUCGUCGCUCAGGAGGAAUGCAGGCAGAAUUAAAGCUUUGGCUCAAACGUUU